UUCCGUAUUUUUGUAAAAAUUUGUUAUACUGUUUAUCAAAUUUAAUAGUUGAACAAGUUACGAUCAUAAAAUGUUAAUAAUUAACAUUUGGUGCUUAAUUAAAAUACAUUUAAUAAUAAAUUAUCUAUUGACUAUUGUUGUUCCAAUUUUAACUACGAAACCAAGGUUAAAACAAGUGUUUUUUUUAGGAUAUUUUCAAAUGAGCAUAUUACAUGUAAAUAAAUGUGACAUUACAAUUACGAUCUAUGAAAAGUCAAACAUUACAUUCUAAAUAUUGAUUAAUAUAAAUGUGCCCAAUUUGCAUAAUGAUUAUUAUUAUUUUUGGAUAGGUAACCUAAAAGUGUAUAGUUUAAAAUACAAAUACUUUGUACUUAAAUAACUAUAGUAAUGGUCCAUAUUGAAUAUAAAUAAGUACAUAGUGUUUUAAUAUCAGUCUACAAUUUAUAUAAAUGAUACAUUUUCGUUAAUAUAUUAUAAUGAUGAAAAUCGUCAAAAAAAAAGAAAAAAGAAAAGUUCGAUCGGUAAAACUUCAAAUUGAACGCCUAGAUAAAGCUUUUUACUCUUUGUGCCAUGAAAAAAAUAAUAUAAAUUUAAAUUUUGAAAAUUCUCCAAUUGGCCAAGAAGUUAAGUUAUUACGAAAAACGAUAGAAGAUCAAUAUUCGAUUAUUGGAACUUUUAGUGUCACAGAUAUUGUAAACAAAAUGAUUGCGAUUUUGGAACAAAACUCGAAGAGUGAAAUUUUUGAUGGAAAACUAAACGAAAGAAAUAUGUUGAUUCUUGAAUCAAAGGAACUUGAUAAGACUUUGAAAACAAUGAAACGAGAACAGGAAAAGUUAAAAAACCGAUCUUCCCAAUUGAUAAAGGAACAACGUGUGUAUGCACAUUUGGCAUCAUCUAUUUAUCAAAAGAAAAAUGACGAAAAUAUUAUUGAACAAUAAAAUUAUAAUUUUCAGAUGUACCUAAUACAUUUUAUACUUUC